AUGGAUUCGGGUGAACGUAACCUCACUCCGGAUCGACCCGCUGGUGCUAGUGGAACCAACAACGGUUUUCCCAUUGGACAGCAGCUCCAACCAGCCGGAAUGCAGCCGAAUUUUCUUCGUGCUACACAAUUCGGUCAGCAGCUACCGAAUCCGGGACUCGCAACGCAGUUCCUCGGGCAGCAGCAGCAGCAGUCUCGUAUGCAAGACUCCCCCGCGACCGAAGGCAUUUUUUCGCAGCAGUCAUCACCUCAUCAGCUCUCAGCAUCCGAUGCGCUCCUCACCCAGCUCCUCCAGCAGCAGCAAGCGUUCACAACCCAAAUGUUGAACCAGCAGCAGGAGUUUAUGCGGCAGCAACAAGAAAUGUUUAUCCGCACAAUGUCAUCGAUAAACAUUCAGGUGCCAUCCAAUCCCGAAGUGAUACUCGAUUCACUUUCGCACCACAUAAAGGAGUUUCGAUACGAUCCGGACCAGAAUAUCACUUUCGCGGCCUGGUAUGCGAGGUACAACGACCUCUUCGAGCAAGACGCUUCCCGGCUCGAUAGUGAAGCGAAAGUUCGUUUACUCCUCCGGAAGCUGGGUGCUGCUGAGCAUGAGAGGUAUGUAAACUUCAUACUACCCAGACAACCGAAAGAUUUCCUGUUUGAAGACACCGUAAGAAAGCUGGGGAUACUAUUUGGUGCCACGGAAUCCCUCAUCAGCAAGCGGUAUCGGUGCAUGCAGAUCGCAAAAAAGUCCACCGAGGAUUAUAUAACGUUUUCUUGCCGCGUAAACAAGAGUUGUGUCGAUUUUGAACUGAGUAAACUGACGGAAGAGCAGUUCAAGUGCUUGUUAUUUGUUUGCGGCUUGAAAACGGAAUGUGAUGCUGAGGUGCGCACUAGACUGCUUGCGAAAAUAGAAGAUCGGAGCGACGUUACCCUGGAGCAACUAUCCGAGGAUUGCCAGCGGCUGUUGUGCUUGAAAAAAGACACAGCCAUGAUUGAAGGAACGUCCGGAUCAGCGGUGCAGUUUGUGAAGCGGAGUAAUCAUCGGCAGCAGACUUCUCAAACACCUCCGAAGAAAACAGUGAAAUCAAAAAGUGCAAACAAAAACAUUCCCCCAUCCCCGUGUUGGAAGUGCGGUGCAAUGCACUACACUCGUGAGUGCCCUUACAAGGACCACAAGUGUAGUGAUUGCGGAAAAAGUGGACACCGAGAAGGUUAUUGUGCGACCUCAAAAAGUGAAAAGCCCUAUCGAAAAAGAAAAACUAACACUUUUCGGGCAAGAACACUAAGUGUGAACACAGUGCAACGAAAGCGGCGUUUUGUGCAGGCGAAACUAAACAGUGCUGAAGUGAAACUCCAGUUAGACACUGGAUCCGACAUCAGCGUCGUGUCGAAGCGUGUGUGGGAGAAAAUCGGCAAGCCAUCCACCACCCCCGCACUAGAAAAAGCAUCUACUGCUUCUGGUGCCCCUCUCCAGCUCCUGUUUAAGUUUGAAUGUGACGUCAGUGUCAAUGGUCAGCAUCGCCGUGGAACUUUCUACGUAGUCGACAAAGCGCUCAAUCUGCUCGGCAUCGAUCUGCUUGAUUCAUUUGGUUUCUGGUCAGUGCCUAUCUCAUCGUUCUGUAACCAGAUUACCAAACCAUCUACAUCGUUGGAAUCACUAAAAGCAGCUUACCCGACCGUCUUCAGGAGUGCCCUAGGAUUGUGCAGCAAAACCAAAGUAAAGCUGGAACUGAAACCCGAUGUCCAGCCAGUUUUCCGGCCCAAGCGUCCAGUGGCUUACGCAAUGCUAGGUACCGUCGACGAUGAGCUCGAUCGGCUUGAGCGCGCAGGCAUCAUUUCACCGGUUGAUUUCUCCAACUGGGCAGCUCCGAUCGUGGUCGUGCGGAAAUCCAACGGGUCAAUACGGAUUUGUGGAGACUAUUCCACCGGGUUGAACGAAGCCUUGCAACCCCACCAGUACCCGCUUCCGCUCCCUGAAGACAUUUUCACGAAACUGUCCAAUUGUACCGUCUUUAGCCAAAUCGAUCUCUCCGAUGCCUUUCUACAGGUCGAGGUUGAUGAGGAUAGCCGGAACCUGCUUACCAUCAACACGCAUCGCGGGUUAUACCGGUACAAUCGCCUUUCGCCUGGCAUCAAAACAGCACCCGGAGCUUUUCAGCAGCUGAUUGACACCAUGACAGCUGGUCUCAGCUGCACUUCUGGGUACCUCGACGACGUUGUUGUCGGAGGCGAAACCGAAGAGGAACACCUAGCCAAUCUCGAAGCGCUUUUCAAGCGGAUUCGCGACUUCGGAUUUACAUUGCGCCCGGAGAAAUGCACUUUCGUCCAGCCUCAAAUCAAAUACUUGGGGUAUCUGCUAGAUCGCCAUGGUCUACGUCCAGAUCCAGCCAAAGUGCAAGCCAUCAACGAGAUGCCCGCUCCAGUUGACGUGUCCGGAGUCCGUUCGUUCCUCGGAGCCAUAAACUACUAUGGCAAGUUCGUGCCCAACAUGAGGACACUUCGGUUCCCGCUGGAUGAGCUCUUGAAAGCUGGAGCUAAGUUCAAUUGGACCCCUGCAUGCCAAGAAUCGUUCACCAAGUUCAAGGAGAUUCUUACUUCAAAUCUUCUGCUUACCCACUACAACCCGAGGCUCGACAUAGUCGUCUCGGCGGACGCUUCUUCAGUCGGAGUUGGGGCUACUAUUAGUCACCGAUUUCCGGACGGUUCUGUGAAAGUCAUCCAGCAUGCAGCCAGAGCGCUUACACCAGCGGAGAAAAAUUAUAGCCAGCCUGACAGAGAAGGAUUAGCCAUCAUUUUUGCAACGACCAAAUUCCACAAAAUGAUAUUUGGUCGCCACUUCCUCCUGAAGACCGAUCAUGCCCCUCUGUUGCGGAUUUUUGGGUCUAAAAAGGGCAUUCCGGUCUACACAUCGAAUCGCCUGCAACGAUGGGCACUGAUGCUGCUCCUGUACGAUUUCUCCAUCGAACAUGUGCCGACAGCGAAGUUUGGGGACGCCGAUGUACUUUCCCGGCUGAUCAAACACCAUACAAAGCCCGACGAGGAUUAUGUGAUCGCUUCUUUGGUUCUCGAGGAUCACCUGAGGUCAGUUGCUUCCGAUUCUCUUAAUGCACUUCCCCUUACUUUUAGCGACAUUCAACAAGCCACGCAAACCGAUCUGGUCAUGAAGAAGGUCUACCGCUUUUUGCAAGAUGGUUGGCCCGAUCCAAAAGCUCUCUCCAUUCCUGAGCUCAAGCGCUUUUACGACCGAAGAGAAUCCCUCACGAUUGUCGACGGUUGCAUACUUUUCGGGGAACGGUUGGCCAUCCCAGCUCCAUUCCGCAAGCGCUGUCUCGACCAGCUUCAUCGUGGCCACCCUGGCACUCAGCGUAUGAAAGCCAUCGCUCGUUCAUACGUGUAUUGGCCGAAUGUUGACAACGAAAUCUCCAGCUACGUCCAGGCUUGCCGACACUGUGCACUGACAGCGAAAUCUCCACCACACUCUGCACCUUCGCUGUGGCCCAAAUCCACCAAGCCAUGGGAACGAGUGCACAUUGACUAUGCUGGACCAAUCGAAGGAGAUUACUUCCUGCUUGUGAUCGAUUCCUUCACCAAGUGGCCUGAGAUCGUUCGAACAAGCAGCACCACAAGCACAGCUACAAUCAACAUUCUCCGAGAUCUCUUCGCUCGUUUUGGAAUGCCGACAACUUUGGUGAGCGACAACGGGCCCCAGUUUUGCAGCGCUUUGUUCCAAACCUUCUGCGCUGAAAACGGCAUACAGCACCUCACCACGGCACCUUUCCACCCACAAUCGAACGGCCAAGCUGAACGAUUUGUGGACACCUUCAAACGGGCCAUUCGAAAAAUUCGAGAGGGGAGAAGUUCGGUACCGAUAAGCGAAGCGUUGUGUACCUUUUUGCUGACCUACAGAAGCACACCCAAUCCAGCGACGCCUGAAGGGAAGUCGCCAAGCGAAGCUAUGUUCUGCAGGCCAAUUCGAACAUCCUUGGAUCUACUUCGCCCAUCAGUUCACAGCGAAAAUCCACCAGCUGAACUCAACCGAAGCUUCCAGAGCCAUGACCCGGUUUACGCGAAGGUGUUUUCAAGAAACCAAUGGCACUGGACACCUGGAACGAUUGUCGAACGAAUCGGAAACGUCAUGUUCAACGUGCGUCUGGAGAACGGUAAGCUCGUGCGAUCCCACUUAAACCAGCUUCGUAAUCGUACUCCAAGUGGGCCAAUGAAUUCUCCAAAACCAUCGCAACUUCCGUUAACCAUUCUGCUGGACGCCUGGAACUUGCCAGAACCUUCGAUACGGGCCUCAACCUCUGCGCAAUCCAGCCCACCAUCAACAGCGCAUGGUCGUUCAGCUUCGCUGCCAACUUCUACACCGAACACUGUUGUGCGAGAUCCAAGACAGUCUCCAGAUAUCCCACCGAUGUCACCAUUGCCCUCAACGUCUUCUACUACCUCACCAUCAAGCUCUUCUGAUACAGUUGAGUUUCAAUCAGCCAUCGAGCAAACAGCUGUACAAUUGCCUCGUCGAUCUUCUCGGACUAGAAGACCGCCGAUCCGGUUUGAUCCGUACCAGCUGUAUUAA